AUGAACAAAUUCAUCGCCGUCUUUUUAUUUUUUGCUGGCCUCAUUGUCUGUUCUCAAGCUGCGGAACACGUUGUUAAAGUUGGUUACCCGGAAGGAAAAAAUUUAUUCUCACCUGAUGUCGUAAACGCCGCCAUGGGUGAUACCGUCAAAUUCGUUUGGACUAGUGGCAAACACAGCGUCAUCGAAUCUGAUGCAAAGGGAUCUUGUAAAACAUUGGUAUCUACCGAUGCUUUCACUACUGAAGCAUAUGAAGCACCUAAAGAAUGGGUUCUUGAUAUUAAAGAAGCAUCUGGAAAGAAAUGGUACUACUGCGGUGUUGGCGGACAUUGCGGUGCUGGUAUGGUCGGAACUAUACUCAUUGGUGCCGCUGAUAACAAAACUGCACCAGCUGACGGAAAAGCACCCGCUGACGGAAAAGCCCCCGCUGAUGGAAAAGCCCCCGCAUCUGCCGCUGCUCAAACCUAUACUUCUGCUUAUGCUGUCACUGCCGGAGUCAUAUUCUCAAGCAUGUGCAUGGCCGCUUAUAUGUUAUAA